GGGAGACGAUUUGGCCUCAGAAUAAUCGCCACCACUCUCUCCCUCCCUCCCGUCCUCCGGAAGAAACACAAACUUAGUUCAACUGUCCACCAGCUAAUAACUAGAAAGCACGCAUUUAUAUCGCAGCAGCCUCGGCGUCUCCGCCUCCUGCCCUCCUCUAGUUCUCCACAAUUUUGCAGCCCCAUUGCUACAUUCCCCCUUUUAUUAAUAAGUUCCCUCAGGCAAUCCCUCCCUUCAUUCCCUCUCCUUCUGUCUCUGCCUCCCCUCUGCAUUUUCUUCUCUUCGUUCCCAAUCCGCUGCCAGUGAAGUUCCCGGAAAUGGCGACUGUUUUCCAGGGACUGGGAGCAACUGCAGCAAUUACUGCCGCCGCCAAUCCCCUCGAUUCCAACAAGUUCCUUCUCUCCUCGAGGAGAUCCUUCUCAGGUUUGGCUCCUGCCCUUUUCAUCCUCCUGCGUAAUUUUGCGCCUGUCCACUUGUUUGCGACCCGAAGCUGAUUUACUUUGUGAUUGCAAUUAUUGAAUCACUAUUCCUAGCCGUGGUUUGAUCCCUAGAGUGAUUGGAAUAUGGAUUCACUAUUCCUUUGGGGUUUGCUUAAACCUUGAAGUUCAUUGUGUCAAAUCAGCGCUGCGAUUGAAGGAUUUGGCAGCUUAUCUGUGUCUUUAACACUGGCCAUUGAUGAACCUAUUUUUACCCUUUUCAGCCUUGCUUUGUUUUCUGGUAGUUUUUUGUAUUCAUCUUUGUUCUCAGUGGAUUCUCCGCCCAUUGGCGCUAGUGAAGAAGUCUGAUUCCUUGCCCUGCAUUUGUUUAUCCGUCUGUCGUUGUGGAAAAGAACAUAACUUUUGUAGGUUUAGCCGAUAAUCAACAUCAUGGUUGGCUUAUUUCCUAACUUGGCGAGGGUGGUUUGUUUGAUUCAGGCAAGAAAACAAGCUUGGUCGUGGUCAGAUCUGAUGGUAGUCUGAACUUGAACACGGGCUCCAGUGCUGGAGCUCGAAGGCUUGACAAAUUAGUUACCAAUGCUGUUGCUGUAAGUGCUUCCCUCCUUUCAACCAGUUCUACCAGUCUGGCAGUCUUGAUAUAUGAGCAUUUUGUAGGAGUAGGUUAAGUGGGCUGACCUUAAAUUUUCGUGCUUUGUUUUCUGAUUUUUCCAGACUAAGGCCGAUGCUGCUGCAGCAGCAUCUGCAUCUAAACCCGGGUAUGCUUCUACUUAUGAAAGUACAACUGUGAAUAAUUUCAACCACUUGUAGCUGUUUGAUCGUAUCGUUUGUUACCUUGGGGCAAUUGUUUUGGUACUAGAACAGCAAACUGCAGAGAGUUUUAUGCUAGAAAACCAAAUUGCAUCAUAUCAGUUGUAUCAUUUCUGCCCCCGCCCAAUAACCAUUUAAGUUGCAUGCUUCAAUGUGAUGUUGUAGAAACUAGAAAGUAGAAACAUUGGCUAACAGAUGAAAGUAUGGUGGUACUACCUUUAGAGAGAUUGUUGGUCACUUAUAUAACUUUUUCCUGGCAACAAAUAUAGCCUUUACAAUACCCCCUUCCAUGAAGCUUACAAAAUCCAGAGGCUUGUGUCGUGUGCAUGCAAUAUCUGCAUAAAGAAAUUACGCAUGCUCGAAUCUAUUGGUAUAUUGUGUUUUAUGAAGAAAUGUCACAGAAACACAUUCACCAGUAGUCGGUUGUCAAGCCACUUGAUUUUGCCGGUUGUGCCUUUUUAAAAAAUUUCAAAAUGUCUUAUCGAAAUAGAUGGCUAACAAUAUAUGAAACCUAAAACAAAUGCUUGCCAAAAAAAUUUCAUGCCAUAGACUUACAAUGAGUUCGCUGAGGUGCACUUCCACUAACAUUUUGAAGCUGAUACAUACUGCAGUAUAUGCUUUCACUUGCCAUGUCUAUUAUGGAAUCUGCUUUAAUGUCCCUUAUGCUCUUUAAGUUUGCAAAGUCUUCUCGUGAAUUGCUUAUCUCAAUCUUUCUAUAACCAGACAUGAACUUCUGCUUUAUGAGGCCCUACGAGAAGGGCUAGAAGAAGAAAUGGACAGAGAUAAUCGGGUUUGUGUCAUGGGGGAAGAUGUGGGUCACUAUGGAGGUUCCUACAAGGUGACCAGAGGGCUAGCUGACAAGUUUGGGGAUCUCAGGGUUCUCGACACUCCAAUUGCUGAAAAUGCCUUCACCGGUAUGGGGAUUGGAGCUGCUAUGACUGGAUUACGCCCAAUUGUGGAAGGGAUGAAUAUGGGAUUUCUCCUUCUAGCUUUCAACCAGAUCUCAAACAACUGUGGCAUGCUCCACUACACCUCAGGUGGCCAGUUCACCAUCCCAAUCGUCAUCCGUGGGCCCGGUGGUGUUGGACGCCAGCUUGGUGCUGAGCACUCGCAGCGUCUUGAAUCGUAUUUCCAGUCCAUCCCUGGAAUCCAGAUGGUUGCAUGCUCCACUCCUUACAAUGCAAAGGGCUUGAUGAAAGCUGCAAUCCGAAGUGAGAACCCAGUGAUCCUUUUCGAGCACGUGCUGCUUUACAACCUCAAGGAAAGAAUCCCGGAUGAAGAGUACAUCUGCAAUCUGGAGGAAGCUGAGAUGGUUAGGCCAGGGGAACAUAUCACCAUCUUGACUUACUCUCGAAUGAGAUAUCACGUGAUGCAGGCUGCCAAGACUUUGGUGAACAAGGGAUACGACCCUGAAGUGAUUGACAUCAGGUCCUUGAAACCUUUCGAUCUUCACACGAUUGGGAACUCGGUGAAGAAGACGCAUCGGGUGCUGAUAGUGGAGGAAUGCAUGAGGACAGGAGGGAUUGGUGCUAGCUUGACUGCAGCAAUCAACGAGAACUUCAUCGACUAUUUGGAUGCCCCAAUCGUGUGCUUAUCUUCACAGGAUGUGCCGACACCUUAUGCUGGGACACUGGAGGAAUUCACAAUUGUGCAGCCUGCCCAGAUUGUGACGGCAGUUGAGCAGCUAUGCCAGUAACAUUGGCCCUAGCCGUUACACCAGCCAGCCGUUGUUGUGGUAGAGUUCUUAAGCAAGGGGGUAAAAGUUUCUCACUGUUGUUUUGGGUUUGUAUUAAUGGGUUUAGUUUUUACAGCUUGUUUAGCUAAUUUGUGGCUAUUGAGACUUGCAGCUGUCUUUGCUUCCUGUAGACUUGCAUGUUUCUGGUGUUUCUUUGCCUAAAACUGUUGCUUGGCGAUCUUUUUCUACUGUUUAAAUUCAUCAAAACAUUUAUACUUCUGUUGAACGCCAAGCACAUAGAAAUAAGACAGUCCAAUUUUU